AUGAAGGGCGUGAUCUUCGGGUUGAACCCUCUUGUCACCGUCAUCGACCUGACCCAUGGGAUAUCGCCUCAAAACGUUCGUCAAGGGGCAUUCAUCCUCGGAGUCAACCACCGGUACUUCCCCGAAAACGCGAUCCACGUGGCAGUGGUCGACCCUGGAGUAGGAACCGAACGGCUUGCCAUCCUGGUGCAGACGCCCCGGGGCCCGUUCCUGGCGCCGGACAACCGAAUCUGA